AUGAGUACGGUUAUUAGUCUAACUAUGGGCAAAAUAGUCUUGAUCAAUAUUGUAUUGCCUAGAUCAAAGUAGUAAAAGGCAUCAAAGUUGCUGAGUAAUUGCUUCAAAAUACUAAAGAUUAGGUAAAAUUCUCCCGCUAAAGAAAAAUUGUCAAUCUAUUACCAAUCCUAGUUUACUGUCAUGAAAUGCGACUCAGGCAAUAAAAUUGCUGAAAUAUCUCCAGUCCUAUCAAAGGAAAUUAGCCCACUGCAUGCUUCGUUAAUUAGAUAAUUGAAGAGAAGAACUAUAAACUAAAUUCACAUGAAGAAGUUUGAUAUCAAUACUCACAAGAGUAGACUACAUUAAACUAGAUCGGAAAAGGUAUGGAGAAACUCAAAUGCUUAAUGGGCGAUAAGGGCUUUGAGAAAGCAUUCAUACUCUGAAUAGAAGUUCAAUAUCCCUUAAACAAGAUUGCAUUAACUAUAGAAGUAAUAGCUAGCAAAUGUCUUCUUGGUACAUGCACUAAUGGUUGAAUACGGAUAAUUUUACGUCUGCUCAAAGAGCAUUCCAAUUAUUUUAGAGCCAGUCUAAGCUCAUAUUUUAAUUUAGACUAAUUAUCUAAUGCAAUAAAUGUUAUUAAACUAACUUAGAUAUUCUGCAUCCUGA